UUUUUGCGUUAUUGGGAUCGCAGAUGCCGAUAGAGAAGAGACGGAGACCGACUGUUCCUGGAGAAAAAAAGAAAGAACGAAAAUUCGUACAAAAUAAUUUAAAACAAAACUAAGCAUCCAUCUAUAUUCCAUAGCCUUCUCUCUCUUGUCCUUUUUCAGACCGCAAGAUCCGGCCUUUGCAUAUAGAGUUUUUCUUAACAAAAACUUCACAUUGAAACAGCCAACAAUGAAGCUUCUUCUUUUCUUUGUUUUGCUGUUUUACUGUCUUCGUAAACCCAUUGGGGUUGGUGCCACGCCAGUAGCUUCUGUUUCCUCGCCAGUGGUCUCACCCGUUUCUCCGAUUUCCACAUCAAUGGCUGCCUUCUCCCCAGGAAUUCAAGUGGGAACCGAAGAGUCUCAUACGCAUACACACAAGAAAAUGCUAAUAGUACUCGUUGUUGCCUGCACUACCCUUGCUGCAACCAUUUUGUCUUUGUUAUGUUUGUGGAUUUAUCGCAGGAAGUUUUCUCACAAAUCCCAUGGAAAAAGUGUUCUGAAUUCAGAUGCUGAAAAGGGACUUGCUUUAGCUCCCUUUUUUACUAAAUUCAACUCCAUAAAAGUGGUUGGUAAGAAAGGAUCUGUUCCAAUGAUUGACUACAAGCAACUUGAAAAAGCAACCGACUAUUUUCGAGAUAGUAAUGUCUUGGGAGAGGGCGGAUUUGGAUGUGUUUACAAGGCUCAAUUGGAUGACAACUUGAAUGUUGCAGUGAAGAAACUUAACUGUGAAACUGAGGACGGCGAGAGGGAAUUCGAGAAUGAGAUUGAUUUGUUAAGCAAAACUCAACAUCCAAAUAUAAUUUCUCUACUGGGUUGCUGCAUUCAUUGCAAGACUAGAUUUAUUGUCUAUGAAUUGAUGCAAAAUGGGUCUUUGGAAAUUCAAUUGCAUGGACCUUCUCGUGGUUCGGCAUUAACUUGGCAUAGGCGGAUGAAAAUUGCCCUUGAUGCAGCAAGAGGAUUAGAAUAUCUGCAUGAGCACUGCAACCCAUCAGUGAUCCAUAGAGAUCUGAAAUCAUCUAAUAUACUUCUGGACUCCAACUUCAAUGCUAAGCUUUCGGAUUUUGGUCUUGCUGUAACCGAUGCAGCCCAAAACAAAAACAACAUCAAGCUUUCAGGCACCUUGGGUUACGUGGCUCCAGAGUAUCUUUUAGAUGGUAAAUUGACGGAUAAAAGUGAUGUAUAUGCCUUUGGAGUCGUGCUUCUGGAGCUUCUAUUGGGAAGAAGGCCUGUGGAAAAACUGGCUCCAGCUCAGUGUCAAUCUAUGGUCACAUGGGCCAUGCCCCAGCUCACAGACAGAUCUAAACUCCCAAAUAUUGUGGAUCCUGCGAUAAAAGAUACAAUGGAUCUUAAACACCUAUGCCAGGUUGCUGCUGUAGCUGUGCUAUGUGUGCAACCAGAACCAAGCUACCGCCCGUUAAUAACAGAUGUCUUGCAUUCUCUCAUUCCUCUGGUUCCCGUUGAGCUUGGAGGCACUCUCAGAGUUGCACAAGCAACGCCACCAGAUGGUUCCAUACUUCCUUCUAGUCACUGAUACAGAGCGUUGCCGCUGCUGCGUUAUUACUAGGGUUGCGUAAAUUAAAGAUCCACAUCGAUUACCUUUCUCUCCUUUACACGCAUAUAUAGAUAUAUAGAUAUAUAGAUACAUACACAUGAUGGUUUUGUCAGAGAACGAAAAGCAUUGGUUUGGAGCAGAAGAGAAUUAAUGGUUUUUCAUAUUUUGUAAAUUGAAGCAGUCUAGUUCUUGAGUUCCCGAAAAUUACCAGUGCAUAUAAUCGGUCCUCUUGGAGAACGUUGAAUAGUUCAGCUGAUGAUUCUAUUCUUCACCCUUUCCCACCAUUUAUUGGUGUAUGUUUUGAAAGUUUUGCUAGUGGUAAUACCUCUGGAGCUCCAUUUGUCUUUCAUGAUAA